UUUCCUUUGUGCUUGUCAUUCUGGUGUCUCAUCGAGAGGAAGCGGCAGCAUCAUCGCGAAAAAUUAUUGCAAUCUGUAAAAUUGUAGUGAUAAAUUCGGGUUGAAUUCCGUAGUUAAUUGCUCGAACUCAUCCUUUAAUCAAACGUUCUCACUUCGCUAAGAAAAAUGGCCGAUAGGGAGGAAUUGAUCAAACAGUUUUCCGACGUCACUGGAGUGGCCGAAGAUCGGGCGAAAUUCUACUUGGAAGCAGCCAACGGAGAACUGCAAGUAGCACUGUCCAGUUUCUACGAAGGCGAUAAUGAGGGCGAAAGGUCAGCGGCCGUGGCGGUAGAUGAAGACGAUGACGAUUCAGACGACGAUAAUGUUCCGAUGGAUUCGGUUCAUCUCUCACGAUCGGACGCCAAACCGAAAGCUAAAAAGACCCAGCAAUCGUCCAAGUUUGCAACUCUCGCCUCUCUGAACGAUUCUUCGUCUGAAGACGAAGAGGAGCAGGGUCAAGCAUUCUACGCCGGUGGAUCAGAGCGUUCUGGCCAGCAAGUGCUAGGACCUCCGAAAAAGAAUCCAAUCAAAGAUUAUGUUUCGGAAAUAUUCCGGUCGGCUCAGCAGGGUAAUUUGGAGACGUUCGAAGGCGAGGCAAGUCCAAGCUCUAGUUCCUCGUUAUACGUCGGAACCGGUUACAGAUUGGGGCAAACUGAUAACGAUCAUCAGGCCAUCCCGGAUAGGCAGCGGUCGUCUGGUCGAGAUACCGACCACAAUCAUGAGGUCGUAACGCUAACCCUUUGGCGCCAAGGUUUUUCGAUCAACGAUGGGGAACUGCGUCGUUACGAGGAUCCAGCAAAUAAGGAAUUCUUCGAGUCGAUAAUGCGCGGUGAAAUUCCGGCUGAACUUCGUUCAAAGGGUCCCACUAUGAUUCAUCUAAAUCUUAAGGACAAUCGGCAUGAGGAUUACGUGAAACGAUCCGCUCCAUUCAGGGCAUUCGGGGGUAGUGGCCAAACCUUGGGCAGUCCUGCUCCCAAUGUGGUGGAAAGCGCAUCAGCUGCAGUUGGCAAUAGCGAGGAGAACGAGAAGAAAGCUACUUCCAGCUUGCAAGUGGACGAAAGCCAACCGACUACCAAUCUGCAGAUUCGGCUGGCUGAUGGAUCUCGUUUGUCGGCACGUUUCAACCAAAGCCAUACAAUCGAUAACGUGCGCCAGUAUAUAACAAACGCUCGUCCCCAAUACGCAUCGGCGAGUUUCGCUCUGAUGACAACAUUCCCCCCGAAGGAGCUUGCCGAUGGUUCCCAGAGCUUGAAGGAUGCGGGAUUGUUGAAUGCGGCGAUAAUGCAACGAAUGAAGUAGUAGGCCUCGGUUGGGCCGCAAUAAAGUCAUGUCGUGUGGUAAGAGCCUAUGAGGCCUCACAUCAUACCCUUCGCAUUCUCUCUGAAGUACACGAAAUAGUAAUAGUGUAGAAACCUGUUCAUCAAAAAUCACCAAGAAAAACUCCCGUCUGGAUGCUUUAUUCAUACACUGUUCAAAAUAACUUAUAAUUUCAAUGAAUUAGUACAUACUGUCUUACGUGAUGAAAAA